AUGUCAUGGUCGAGCGGCCUGGACAAGGCGGGCAAGUGCGUCCUGCUCCCGCAGCUCCGCCCCUGGCAGCGGUUCGAGUGGCGCUCCUCCAUGCAGUCGCAGAUCUACAGGGAUUGGGGCGUCUACUACACCCGUCGUCUCCUGAAUCGCGAGGCUCUGGAGAGCUUCGGCAGGGCGGUCGCGGUCUGCAAGGAGGAGACGUCCCGCCCCAGCCUGGUGCCACCCACAGGCGCCGCCGAGCCUGUGGGCGCUGGCAGCCUUCCGGACGGGGGUGCGGCGGAGACGGGCCUCCGGCGCGGGGACUACAAAUCCCUCCUUCUGCGGGGCCGCUGUCAGCGAUCGAUGGCCCGGCCGGAUCUCGCCCUUCUCGAUGUCCUGCGGGCCCAGAGGGCCUUGGAGCUGACCGGGUCGAGCGCUUCGGGCUCUGCCCAGCUGGUUGCCGAGAAGUGCGACAACCUCUUCGAGGCCAACGAGUUUGAGAGCGCUCUAACCACGCUGCUCACCGAGGGACGACCCUUCGGCGGACGGUUCGCCCAAGGAAGACUGCGUCUUAUCAAGGAAAAGAGCCUCGACGUUUUCGAAGACACCCUGGGCGAGUCCCUGCGACCCUUCAUGCACCAGCACAGUGGCGUCCUCGAGGAGGUCAGCCGCCGGCAGAAGAAGCUGUCCGCCCGCGAGUCCAGCCCCCCUUGGAAGGCGCUGCGGGACGGGCGGGAGUGCGACGUGCAGAGCGUCCUUGUCGAGGAGCUGGUACACGGGACGCCCCUGGAGAAGGCUCGCCAGUGGGCGAGCGAGAGCCUGUACAACCACAACUACAUGGGCCGCAGCGCCGUCGACAUUGCCCUCUUGCGUCGACUGCGCGGCGACCGCAGCUUGCUCGAUCCCCUUAGGGUCUGGACCACGCCGUCCAUGCGCCAGCUGAGCGAGGGGCAGUACGCUAUCAUCCGGCGGUUCUUGGUGAGUUUCCCGUCUAAGCUUUCCCAAAAUGGUAUAUUUUAUAAAUCAUUCCAUCCCCCAUUUCAUCCUACCAAAUCAGAAAAUGCUGCACGCCCGGAGGGGGAUGUGGACAGGCUGUCGGACUACGUGGAGCGCAUAAUGUCGGGCUUCAUAGGGCUGAAGACGCUGCGCACGCUGCCCUGGAAGUGGGAGCUGCUCAACGACGUCUACAACACCGUGGCCAUGGCCCACUGCGAUCGCUGCGCCGUCCCCGCCAACGUGGACUUCCUGGAGCCCGAGAGUCGAACCGUUCUGUACCUCCUGCGGUCGGAGAAGCUGCGCGACAUGAGUGUGAGGCUGGGUGGGCCCAACAUCUACCUGGAGAUCCAGCGGGAGGAGGAGCGGCACAGUCGAAUCAGCCAGAAGCUGGAGCUUUUGCAGAGUCGGCUGCGGCACUCCCCCUACCCCAUCGAGCGAUCCUACCUGCUGUUCGAGAUGGCGCGCUGCCACUUCAAGGAGUCGCGCUUCGAGAAGUGUCUGGUGGUGGUGCGCAAGGCCUUCAACGAGGCGCGCCGGUGCAACUGCCUGAUCUGGCGGUUCAACUGCGUCUUCCUCGGCUGCCAGGUGCACGCCGUGCUCAACCGCUUCGAGCGGCUGAAGGAGACUCUGGCCAAGGCCAGUCAGCUGGCCAGCGACCUGAGGGUCCCCAGGCUGGUGGCCUACAUAGGCACCUGCAUUAGCGUCAACAACUUCGAGCUGGCCAAGCGGAAGAUGCGGCAGCCGGCUCGAAAACGCAGUCCGGUUAGCACCACCUCGGCCAGCUCCCAGGCCUCUAAUAGCAGCAAUCUCUAGUAAUUUCGGACGCCGAGCCACUAGCUCUUGGCUUGCAUUUCACUUUCCUCUCGGGAAUGCGAGCCCAGAGCUUCUAGUUCGGCGUAACUCAGUUUUGAACUCAUAAACCACAAAG